CAUUGUAUGAAAAUCGACAAAAUGAGCAGCUCCGAGGAAGUCUCUUGGGUUACCUGGUUCUGCGGGCUUCGUGGCAAUGAGUUCUUCUGUGAGGUGGACGAGGACUAUAUUCAGGACAAAUUCAAUUUAACUGGUUUAAAUGAACAGGUGCCCAACUAUAGGCAGGCCUUGGACAUGAUAUUAGAUUUGGAGCCCGAGGACGAGCUCGAGGACAAUCCCUUGCAAUCGGAUAUGACCGAACAGGCGGCUGAGAUGCUUUAUGGUCUCAUACACGCUAGAUAUAUUUUAACAAAUCGCGGCAUCGCUCAAAUGAUUGAGAAAUAUCAAACUGGCGACUUUGGACACUGCCCACGUGUCUAUUGUGAGAGUCAGCCUAUGCUGCCCCUAGGCCUGUCGGAUAUUCCCGGUGAGGCAAUGGUUAAGACCUAUUGUCCGAAAUGCAUUGAUGUCUAUACACCAAAAUCAUCGCGUCAUCAUCAUACUGAUGGCGCCUAUUUUGGCACUGGAUUUCCACAUAUGCUCUUCAUGGUGCAUCCUGAGUAUCGUCCCAAGCGUCCUACUAAUCAAUUUGUUCCACGGCUGUAUGGCUUUAAAAUACACAGCUUAGCUUAUCAAAUUCAGCUGCAGGCAGCAGCCAAUUUUAAAAUGCCACUACGAGCGCAACGUGGUCAGCCACCAAAGGAUGAAGAGCCUGAGAAUAAUGCCAUCGAUACGAUUCCAAAGCGCAUCUAAAAGUGCAGGCUUGCACACCCACUCACACAUACAAUAAACGGUACACGGAUACACACACACACACAUACACACACACACACAGUGAAGUUACAAAAUCGUCUUUGAGGAAUACAUUCAAUAAAAGGACCAAUAUCAGGGCAAGAACUACAACAACAACAACAUGAAAACAAAUACUAUAUGCAUAACACGGCUGCAAAAAUUCUCCAGCCAUUUCAAAUUUUUGAGCUGCCUUUCAAAGCAAGUAGAGCAUACAAAUACACUCACACAGACACACACACACACACACACAGCCAUACGCAGAUACCAGCCGAUGAUGCAAGCUUUGCAGUCCUGGUUUAAUUUUAUUCUUUGCAUUUUAUUUACUAAGUGAGAGCGGCUAAGGCUUAGCCUGAAAACUAACAUACAUACAUAAAUACAAACGACUAUUUGUAGUUUUAAAUAGUUUUGAUGAAAUGAUUACACACACAAACCCUCCCCCACGUCCCCUACUCCAUGUAAGCCGAAAUAAACCAAAUUUCCUGUUACCCACA